AUGUCGUGUAUAAAUCUGGACAAACUCAGCAGUAACUCUGUGAAGAGCGCCGUGGGACACGUGAAGCUCAGCUCUCUCUGGAGAGAUCAGACCGUGGUGAUGUUCUUCCUGCGUCGCUUCGGCUGUCAGAUCUGUCACUGGACCGCGGUCGUGGUCAGCAAGCUGGAGAAGGACCUGAGAGUGGCCCUCGUGGGCAUCGGCCCUGAAGAGACGGGACUCAAAGAGUUUCAGGAUGGUGGAUUUUUCAAAGGAGAAAUAUAGAUUGAUGCAAAGAAGCAGUGCUACAAGGGCCUGGGAUUCAAAAGAUAUAAUGCAAUCAACGUGCUGCCUGCUGCUCUGGGAAAGAAAGUACGAGAUAUUGCUUCAAAGGCGAGCAGUGAAGGAAUUCAGGGCAACUUCAGCGGAGAUCAAGCCGUCACUAGGCGGCAGUGUGGUGAAAAGGAUCUGCUGCAAUUUAUUCAGGAAACACCAGGAGAUUUUGUGGCACUUGAAGACAUCAGCAAAGCGCUGGACAUCAGCUCCAGUGUCCAGGUUGGAGUGAGACCUCAGUGUGAUGACGACGUCUGUACACGAUGA